CAGAACUCGCUGUUUGGGGCCUGCGGCCUCCACCGGAGCCCGGAGGCUGCGGACGCCGAAGGAGAAGGAAAUGAGCCACCAUGUCUGAGAGCAGCAAGGGGAGCUCACUGGCCUUUGGCCAGGUGGUCAUUGGACCUCCAGGAUCUGGGAAGACCACCUAUUGCCACGGGAUGCAGGAAUUCCUGGGCAGGAUUGGGCGCAAGGUGACAGUGGUGAACCUGGACCCUGCCAAUGAUUCCCUGCCCUACCAGUGCUCCCUGGACAUUGCUGAGCUCAUCACCCUCCCAGAUGUGAUGGAGGACUUGAAAUUGGGGCCCAACGGGGGGUUGAUCUACUGCAUGGAGUACCUGGAGGCCAACUUUGACUGGCUGCAGGAGAAGCUGGCCACCUCCCGGGGUCACUACUACUUGUUUGACUGCCCGGGGCAGGUGGAACUCUACACCCACCACGAUGCCCUGAAGAAUGUCUUUGCUCAGUUGGCCAAGUGGAAUUUCAGGCUGGCUGCUGUGCACCUGGUGGAUUCUCACUAUUGCACCGACCCGGGCAAGUUCAUCUCUGUCCUCUGCACCUCCCUGUCCACCAUGCUGCACGUGGAGCUGCCUCAUGUCAAUGUCCUCUCCAAGAUGGACCUGAUCGAGCAAUAUGGCAAACUGGCUUUCAACCUGGAUUAUUACACAGAGGUCCUGGACCUCUCCUACUUGGUCGACCAUCUGGCUUCAGAUCCCUUCUUCAGGAACUUCCGCCGCCUCAAUGAGAAGCUGGUGGAGGUGAUCCAGGAUUACAGCUUGGUGUCCUUCGUCCCCCUCAACGUCCAGGAUAAGCAGAGCAUGAGGCAGGUGGUGCAAGCAGUGGACAAAGCCAACGGUUACUCCUUUGGAGACCAGGAGCACAGGAGCCUGGAAGCUCUGAUGUCUGCAGCAGUGGGAGCUGAUUUCCACUUCACUUCCACCCUGGCAGUGCAGGAGAAGUAUGUGCAAUCCCAGGACAAAGCCCUGGAAGAAGAAGCCAUGGAUCUGUGACACACCCAUCCCGGCACAGCUGCUCCCUGGUUUCACACCUCUGCUUUUCCUGCCAGGAGCUGAAGGGACCUCUGCAUUCCCGUGACUCAGACCCAAGUGAAAGCCUUCCCAGGGCUGGGUGCUGGGCUCCCUUUCCAGAAGGAUUUGACCCUUUGAGCAGGAAGGUGAUGGUUGGGUACAGGCUGAGCCAGCUCUUCCCUUAGGAAUGACCGAGAUUUUGCCAGGUGGAGGCACAAAGGGGGAGUCAAGAGAAGGGAACACUGAGCUUUGCCAAGUCUCCUCCUCCCCAUCAUGACCAAGCCUGGGCCAGACAAAAAAAAUCAGCUGGAGCUGCUGGUGCAGCCAGAGUUGAGCCACAAGGUCUGGAUUUACUGCUUGAGGAUGAGUCCUCCUGGACCUCGUGCUCCAUCCAGGCUGAGCAGUUUCUCCUCUGUCCCGGGGAGGACAGAAAGGUGGUUGGUUUUGUUUUGGUUUUGUGUUGUGUGUUUUUUUUGGGGGUUGGUUAUUUUUUUUUUUUUUUUUUAAAUAAUGAUGGCCUCUUUCUUAAUAAAACGCUGCCCUGGCUGCCUUUCA